AUGAGCUGGGCUAGAGACGAAUGGAAACUUGAUUUACCCAACACAGCGCUAAGAAAGAUUUCCGAGCUUGAAAACGAUGUGGAAAAUUUGCGAAAGAGCAAACAACAACAGCAGUUGCAACUGGAAACCGUGUCAAACUCUCUGCAGAAACAAAAGCAACUAAACGCGGAGGAAAAAGCCGGAAAUUCCAGUCUGCGACGUGAGAUACAAGAACUUACACGAAAAUGCUCCGACCUCGAAAACCAGGAAGAAAAAUCGCAAAUAGAUCUUAAAGCGAAAGACAACAAGAUCGGACUGCUUGAGGAACAGUUGCACAAAGCUAGAGAGAAGCUUAAGGAAGAGGAAGAUAAAAAUUCCGAGAUGCUGAACCAAGUUGAUCAGCAAAAGUUAAUCGUAGAAGUGACGGAAAAUGAAAUUGGACAGUUGACUGUAGAGGUGGAACGGAUUAACGAAACUAAAGCGCAGAUGGUGAAAGACCUUGAAGGUAUGUUUUUUGAAGAUUCUGAAAUCUCUGUUUUAAGUCUUUAUGUUAUUAAAUGGACUGUUUUGAAUCCUCACUGUAUUAGCAUAGCGGAUAGAAAUUGGGUUUUAAGGCGUUAUAUUAUCGGAAUAUACCUAUUUCAAUCUGUAUCAAUAUCUGCUGAAGAAAAUCAAACCAGAUCAAGCGUGGUAAACUUAAGUUGAAAGCACUUUUGCUCUAACGAAAGGCUAACGCUCGAAACGUCAUCUUUAUAAACAAUUUGCGGUGGCCAAUUCACAUUAUCAACUCAUUUGAUUAAAAUCAAAUUAUCUGGUUGAAAAAAAAAAGUCCUGCGUAGGAAGAACAGAGCCAAACCAGACGAAAAUUUCAUGCGCUACGGACAUACCAUUAACAUUUUUUUAUUGUGAUUUUUAAAAACAUGUACAUUUGUAAAAAUAGUUAUUACCUGAUAUUUUCCUGUGUGAAAACACCGCUCAGAAUGCAGCCAAACCUCUCAGUCGUAGAGUAUCAAGCUGUGUUUGGUUUGUCAGAAACUAGAGGCUCAGUUAAUUGUUCCCAAGGAAUUCCGUGGGCUUUUUUAACACUUUGGGCGCACUGAGGAAUCGCGAAGGCCGCAGAAAUUGCCAUAUGGGAAGUGUGGCUCCACACCCUAUAACCUUGGCACCUAUGUAGGAAAACGUCGGAAAUAUUUCAUCUAAGUGUUAUUUGCUUCGGAGUAUAGUUUUUCGGUUCCACAAAACAACAAAAGUAGCACACACACACAAAAUGGACUCAACUGUUAAUUUGCCUAGUCUAUAAACUGUGUUCUAAAUGUUUUGAAGAACUUGUUGAUAAUGGCCAAAGAGGAAUCCGGAUUUAAAUUGCCCAUUGUUCCCUAGCAAAUCUUCUAAAAUUGAGUUUUCAAAAUAUGAGUCGUCGAAUGAUUGAAGGGGUAUUAAAAAACCUGUUUUAAACAACUUUUCCACUUUUAAUUAAAUUGAAUGAUCCGCUUAAAAUUUUAACAUUCCAUUUUCCUGUUUUUGAUUACAUUAGUAACGCUUGCUUAGAAAAUUUGAGAACUGGUUUUAGUUUUCUUUAGAACCAGUGAUCUGUACUAUUUAAGACAUUUUGAAGGUUUGAAUUAAUAACUUCUGAUAUAAUGGAACAAUGUAUGCUUUUUAUAGGACUAAUCCAGGUGGUCUUUAGAAGUAUAUUCCUUUCAGAUAACGAGAUGAUACUAUCUUUGGGAUUACUAUCAGAUGAUUCUGACAUUAUCACAUAA